GUGGCUGCAGGAGACACAGGGAGCCGGCAUGGCACAGCCCAGUGCACCCCCACCCUAUGACGACAAGAACCCCCUCUACCCUCCACCCCCAGGGGGCUACCCACAGCCCCCCCACUAUGCUGGGGGGUACCCACAGCCUGGGGGAUACGCGCAGCCAGGGGGAUACGCACAGCCAGGAGGAUACGCGCAGCCAGGGGGGUACCCAGCAGCAGGAGGGUACCCGCAGCCGGGGAUGGCAAUGCCCACCAUGCCUAUUCGGUUUGGUGAUGAUGGCAUUGGGGACGGCUCCCCCUUCCAAUCGGUUGACUGGGAUGACAGGAAAGUCCGGCACACCUUCAUCCGCAAGGUCUACGCCAUCAUCUCUCUGCAGCUGCUGGUGACGGUGGGGAUCAUCUCUGUGUUCACCUUUGUCUCCCCUGUACGCUCCUUCGUCCAGAGGAACGUUGCCAUCUACUACGCCUCAUACGCCGUGUUCCUGGUGACCUACUUGGUACUGGCUUGCUGCCAGGGUCCCCGGAGACGCUUUCCCUGGAACAUCAUCCUGCUGAGCAUCUUCACGCUGGCCAUGGGGCUGAUGACGGGAACGAUCGCCAGCAUGUACCGGACUAACGCUGUCCUGAUCGCCAUGCUCAUCACUGCAAUCGUGGCCAUCAUUGUCACCAUCUUCUGCUUCCAGACCAAGGUUGAUUUUACAUCAUGUCCGGGGCUCUUCUGUGUGCUGGGCAUCGUGGUCAUGGUGACCGGGAUUGUCACCGCCAUCGUCCUCUCCUUCAAAUAUGUCCCAUGGCUCCACAUGCUGUAUGCCGCCAUCGGCGCCAUCGCCUUCACUCUGUUCCUCGCCUAUGAUACCCAACUUGUGCUGGGGAACAGGAAGAACACACUGAGCCCUGAGGAGUAUGUCUAUGGUGCCCUCACCAUCUACACUGACAUCGUCUAUAUCUUCACCUUCAUCCUGCAGAUUGUGGGCCGGGAUUAGCCCCGGGAACCCUCCUCUCCCCUUCUUGAUGCCCCUCACCCCCUCUUCUGGCCUCUAUACAGGAUAUGGCCACUUACGACUCCUAAUGCUUUGGCAUCCCUACCCCUAGGCUGCUAAGGAAAGGGCUUCCCUUGAUCACCCCCUGACAAACCUCCAAGGGUGGUGGGGGGGACCACCUGCCAGUGUUUAGGCAGUGCUCGACCUCGGCACCGCUUGCUGAGGCUGUGCUAGUGGUGCCGGGCUGGCAGCGGAGUGCCAUGGUCCUGCCUGGGCAUGGGGAGCUGGCAGCAGCCGCUGGGAUCGUGUUGGGAUUUUUUUGGCAGAGGCUGGUUGGUGUCAUUCACUUGGUGCCUUAAACGCAGCUCCAGCCAUGCCCCCUCCCUGAGCUGUGGCAGUGCCAGGUGUGGGCAGGGGGCAGCUGGGACCCCCGUGGCAGGACUUGUGGCAGAGCUCACAUCGCAGAGGCUCUGCAGCCAAAGACGUGGGCAAAGUUGCACUUGCUAAAUAAAACACUUUAAUUUUCCAGA